AUGGGAGGAUGGGAAGAGAAAAUGGACAAGGCGCGGAAGCUCCACCGGCCUUCCCUUACAGAUUGGGAACGAGAUAAUAUGCAUUUCCGAUUUCCUCCUUUUCGCGAGGAAAUCCGAAAGCUUCCAAACUCCACGUGUUUCAACCCGAAUGCAGAGCCUGGGAGUGAUCAACAACAGCUUCCCCUAAUAUUAGAUGCUGCUACGCUAACACGGGAAGAAUUCUACAACUAUGAAGAAGAAAGCGUGCCGGUAGUCAUCAAAAACAUUCCAGCUGGUCACGACGGUGGAGAGUUCGUCGGUGCUUGGCCAGCCCUUGAAAAGUGGAAGUUGCGGAGUCUACUCAAUGACGAAGUGCUAAUCGAUCGAAAAUUCAAGUGUGGGGAAGACGACGAUGGUCACAAUAUCAAAAUUCGGCUGAGCCAUUUCUUGAGCUACGCGGAAUUCAACAAGGAUGACUCUCCACUUUAUAUUUUUGACUCUAACUUUGAUGGCGACAAAAAAGCCGACAGCAUUCUUCGGGAUUACCGUGUGCCUUCCUACUUCAAGGAUGACUUGUUUGGUCUAGUCAGCGAAAGCCGUCGGCCGCCAUACCGAUGGUUCUUAGUUGGACCCGAACGAUCAGGAACAUGUGUUCACAUUGAUCCAUUGGGCACUAGUGCCUGGAACACACUAAUUGAGGGGCAGAAGCGUUGGGUACUUUUUCCUCCUCACAUCCCAAAGAAAGUGGUCAAGGGAGAAACAUUGAUUCGCGAAGACGAAGACGAUGAAGCGGUGCACUAUUUCAUGACCAUUCUUCCUCGCAUCAAACGAGAAGCACGAUCUCUGCGAUCCACACCAAAGUACGAAAACUUUUGCUGCUACGAAUUCACACAGCACGCAGGUGAAACGGUCUACAUUCCACACGGAUGGUGGCACGCUGUCCUGAACCUUACUCACACUGUGGCGGUGACGCAAAAUUUUUGUUCGCCCCGAAGAUUUGAAGAGGUUUGGCUCCAAGCAAGAAAGGGUCGAAAGCGCAUGGCAUGGAAAUGGCUUUGCCGAUUAGAGACGGAGUACCCAGAGCUUUACCGAAGAGCCCGAGCAAUGAACGAUGCGGAUGGCUUCAUCAUGAAGUACGAAGCUUUAGAAACUGAAAAGGAACGCGAAGAACGAAAGCGCAAGGAGGAAAAGCUACAGCGAAAAGAACAAGCCAAUUGGGAUUCGGAUCAUGGAAGCCCAUCGCUAAAACGAGAUCUCCCGUUUGAGGACCAAUAA